UCGAGCUGCUUGUUGCGUUCACGGCAUAGGCGCGUGAGCGUGGUGGGAAAUGCGAGCAAGAUGGCGGCGUUAAAGGAGGAGCAGUGCUACGGACUGUCCUGUGGAAGAGUGAGCAAUGGCAGCAACAUCUCCGUCUAUCACGUCAAGCUGACUGACAGCGCGCUGCGAGCGUUUGAAGAUUACCAGAGCAACAAGGGCCUGAUUGCUAAACCACUAAUAGGAUUCACAGGAAACCAAGGGAAAAUCUCAAUACCGCAGUCAGAGAAUCCAAAUGAGCUGCGAAGGUUUACGUUCUACCUGUCCCAUGUGGGAAAGGACAAUCCCCAGGGCAGCUUCGACUGCAUUCAGCAGUAUAUUACAAGUGAAGGGAGCAUACAGCUGGAUUGCCUGGGAGGGAUCCAAGACAAAAUCACUGUAUGCGCCACGGACGACUCCUACCAGAAAGCCAGGCAAAGCAUGGCUCAGGCCGAGGAGGAAACCCGCAGCCGUGGAGCCAUCGUCAUCAAGCCUGGCGGGAGAUAUGUGGGUAAGCGUGUACAAAUCCGGAAGCCGAUAACUGGUGUGUCAGAUGCGACACGACGGCUCACACGGCCGGUCAUCAUCUCCAGCAGUCAGAAGAAGAGCCCGCCACGGCCGCUGAGGGAACGGCUGGUGCAUUUACUGGCCCUAAAACCCUACCGCAAACCCGAACUACUGGUGCGGCUCACGAAGGACGGCCUGUCUCCUCAGGACAAGGAGACGCUGGACAGCCUCCUGCAACAGGUGGCUAACUUGAAUAGUAAGGACAACACCUUCACAUUGAAGGAUUGUUUGUUUAAGGAAGUUCAGAAGGACUGGCCUGGUUUUACUGAGGUGGACCAGCAGAUUCUGAAGAGAAUUCUUGUACGAAAACUGUGUAAGCCUCAGAGCAGUGGCCCUGUGCCUGGGGAGAGUCCGGUCAGCCCGCACAAAGAGCCAACCAGCAGCUCGCCCUCUCAGAAACGACCUGCAGCAGAGUUCAUCGAUCCCCUGGCCAAUAAAAAACCCAGAAUAUCACUUCUAGCCAGUAAGUCUGCAGGGCUCGUCAAUGGCAAACUGAGCUCAUCCAAUGGGAAGGACUCAUCUAGUUCUCAAUCAGCAGAGACGUCAUCGAGCUCCCACUUCCCUCCGCUGGAGAUCCCCCGACCCUUCGACCCCCUUUCGGACGUCAGCAACGACUCCAACGGCCGAGACUGUGAAAGUCAGGAGGCAGCGGUGGCAGAGAGACUGAGUCAGCCCCCUUUAUUCGCCCCUCACUCCACAACGCAAGAGGAAGGCCUGGGCACAACAUCCCUGGCCCACAGCAGCCUGGACGGGUCUCAGACCCAGAGCGCUCAACCCUCCCUACAUGGCAAGUCAAAGAAGAAGUCCAAAAAACACAAGGACAAAGACAAGUCCAAGGAGAAAGACAGGGACCGAGAACGUGACUUGAAGAAGGAGAGGAGAGUUGAAGACCGUGGUUUGGAUGAGAAGAAAUUGUGUGACGUCACAACGAGUGAUAGGAGCCCAGGUCUGAAUGGAACGUGCCACAGCUCGAGUAUUCCUGCGUCUUCGUCAGAGAUGGCAGACUAUUUAUUAAAAUACACAGUGAUAAGCUCACAAGAGCAACGGCAGAGUUACAAAAACGACUUCAAUGCAGAGUACAGCGAGUACCGGGGCCUCCACGCACGGAUAGAGAGCAUCACCCGACAGUUCACUAUACUCGACUCCGAGCUCAAACAACUCCAGCAAGGAACAGAUAAGUAUAAGACAAUCCACAAUCAGAUACUUGGAGAGUAUCGCAAAAUCAAAAAGACUAAUCCAAACUAUAGCCAAGAGAAGAACCGCUGUGAAUACCUACACAACAAACUGGCACAUAUAAAAAAACUGAUAGCAGAAUAUGAUCACCAGCAACUGCAAAACUGGCACUAAUAACAAGAUUGUUUUCUGCUUAAUCUUUCUGUCUCUAUUGAGAGAGAGAGAGAGAGACAAUCUCUGGAUUUUUUGUUUUGUUUUUUUGGCUUGCUCUAAAAACAAGUUGCUCUAAUGUAAAAUGCCAUGAAACAAGCACGGUCAAGUGCUCUAGUAAGGAUAAGGCAUACCCAUGAUUUUAAUUUUUUUUUAUGGAACUAGGGACAUAGGUGUACUCAGCCAUGCUCGCCUGUGUAGCCUAAUGCAUUAUGGGAUUGGUUGC